AUGGCUCGCCAUGUUCCGACGCCGACGACGGCGUCGACGUGCACCCCGGAGACGGAGCAAGGCAGGCACUUGUUUGAGGUCACCGGUUACAGCAAGCACAGGGGGAUGGGCCACGAAAAGUUCAUCAGGUCCGGCACCUUCUUCGUCGGAGGCCACCAGUGGUCCAUCCGCUUCUACCCGGAUGGGAGCAUCAAAGACAAAGAUUACAUCUCAGUUUAUCUCGAGCUCAUGAAGGAGAAGGAAGGCUCCAAGGUACGGGCAUCCUGCGACCUGAAGCUGGUCGACCUGACAACAGGGUUGUCGGCUUCAGUGCAUAGGACAGGGCCUAGAAUGUUUAACUCCGGUGAUGUCAGUAGGUUUGCUCGUCAGGAUGGCUUGUUCAAGAAACGAAGCGAAUUUGAGGCAUCGGUGUACCUUUGA